AUGGAGAUAAAUAUUUUAAUUUAUAUAUUUUUUUUUUUUGUGUGGGAAAGAUGUGUAAGGGGGUCUGUUAAUUUUACAGGCUUUGAUACAAAAAAUAUGAAAGGUAAAUACUUAGAAUUUGAAGGGAAGUAUAAAAAGGAAUAUAUAGAUAGCUUAUUUUUAGAAGAAUUAAGAAAAAAUAAUUAUAUCAAUAACAAUGUUAUAGCAUUAAGUACAUCAAGACAUUAUUUUAAUUACAGACAUACAACUAAUUUAUUGAUUGCAUAUAAAUAUCUUAAAAAUUUUGGUGAUACAAUGGAUAAGAAUAUUUUAUUAAUGAUUCCAUUCGAUCAAGCUUGUGAUUGUAGGAAUAUAAGAGAAGGUAAUAUCUUUCGAGAAUAUGAAUUAUUUCCUAGUAUUGAAAACAAAGAAUCUAUGAAAGAAAGUAUAAAUUUAUAUGACAAUUUAAAUAUUGAUUAUAAAAAUAAUAAUGUAAGAGAUGAACAGAUUAGAAGAGUACUCCGACAUAGAUAUGAUGCUUUUACACCUAAAAAAAAUAGAUUAUAUAGUUAUGAUAAUAAUGAGAAAAAUUUAUUUAUUUAUAUGACUGGACAUGGAGGUGUGAAUUUUUUAAAAAUUCAAGAAUUUAAUAUAAUUAGUUCUUCUGAAUUUAAUAUAUAUAUACAAGAAUUACUUAUAAAAAAUCUUUAUAAAUAUAUAUUUGUUAUUGUUGAUACAUGUCAAGGAUAUAGCUUUUAUGAUGAUAUUCUAAAUUUUGUAAAUAAAAAAAAAAUUAAUAAUAUCUUCUUUUUAUCAUCUUCUAAAAGAAAUGAAAAUAGUUAUAGCUUAUUCUCUAGCAGUUAUUUAAGUGUUUCAACUGUUGACCGAUUUACAUAUCAUUUCUUUAAUUAUCUUGAACAAAUACAUAAAUUAUAUGAAAAAGAGCCAUACAAAAAUGUAAAAGCUUUUUCAUUAUAUAACAUUUUAAAUUAUUUAAAAACACAAUAUAUUAUAUCAGAACCUACUACUAAUAAUUCUAAAUUUAAUUCUUCCAUUUUUUUACAUGAUAAAAAUAUUCUCUUCUUCAAUUCUGAUUUAUUAGUUAUAAAUAAAGAUCAUAUUUCUAUAAAUCAAGAUAAACAAACAUACAAUGACAAAUACAUAUGUUUAGGUAAUUUAUCUGCAUGUGGUCAUAUAAAAAAUAAUGUAUAUAAAAAAAUGCAAACUCUAUAUGAGCAAACAUUAUAUUAUAAUAAUCAAGAGAAAUUCUUUUCUAAUGAUAUGUCUUAUUUUACAGAUUAUUUUUUUUUUACAUAUAAUAUAUUUAAUAUGUAUUCUUUUUUUAUAUUAUUGCUUUCUUUAUUUUUCAUCAUGUCUUCUCUUCUUACAUAUUAUAUUGUUUUUGUAACAGAAAAAGUGUAA